AACAAGCUUCAUUUCAGAUCUGCUGUCUGUCAGUGUCUUCUUGCUGUGUGGAUUGUUUAGAAGAUUUUGUGAAUUUCACGUUGGUGAAGGAAACAACAGUUCCUCUAUUCUUAGUCCAAGUUCCUGUCUCGUGCUCUGAAACAUAAAGAUGGAUAUGUUUGAAGAUUAUUGUAUAAUAACUCAGGAGGACCUGGAGGAUAUUAAAGAUUCCAUAUCUACUCAGGAUCUUCCAUCAGCGAUAAACACAAUCAAAGAAUACCUCAAACAGCAAGAUCUUGUAGAACUUAACAUUGGUGUGACGGGAGAGUCAGGUUCUGGAAAGUCCACGUUUGUCAAUGCAUUCAGGGGUUUAGGAGAUGAAGAUGAAGGCUCUGCUGAAACUGGCCCAGUAGAAACCACUAUGGAGUCUAAAGAUUACCUUCAUCCUAAAUACAAAAAUGUGAAGGUGUGGGAUCUUCCUGGAAUUGGAACACCAAACUUCAAAGCCGACGAGUAUCUUGAACUGGUUCAGUUUGAACGCUAUGAUUUUUUCAUCAUCAUUGCUUCGGAUCGGUUCAGAGAAUGCCACACUCAGCUGGCCAAAGAGAUCAUGAGAAUGGGGAAAAAGUUUUAUUUUGUUCGUUCCAAAAUGGACUUUUGCAUUAUUGCUGAGAAAAAGAAGAAGAACUUUGACCAGAAAAAGACACUGGAUACCAUCCGAGAGGAUUGUGAAAAUGGUCUGAGAAAGAUCGGUAUAGAGGAUCCUGUCGUGUUCCUGAUCUCUGGUUGGGAGCUCGGCAACUAUGAUUUAAAUAAACUUCAGGAGACAAUGGAGAAAGAGCUCCCGCAGCAUAAGAGACGUGUGCUGAUGUUGGCUUUGCCAAAUAUUACACUGGAAAUUAAUGAGAAAAAGAAGAAAAUUUUAGAGGCAAAUAUUGGAAAAGUAGCCUUGCUGUCUGCUAUUGUGGCUACAGUUCCUGUUCCCGGUCUUUCAGUUGCUGUGGAUUUUGCCAUUGUCAAAAAAGAGAUUGAAACGUACUACAAUACAUUUGGUCUGGAUGAUCCAACCCUACAGAAGCUCUGUGAGAAAUCUGGGAAGACCAUUGAAGAACUGAAGAGUCUGAUGAAGUCACCUCUGCGUUUUGGGAUAAACCCAGCUUCAAUAUUAUCUUUAUUGGGUGCUGCAUCGCUGGUUGUGGCUGAAAAUGCAGUUGAGUAUGUUGCGAGCCUCAUACCCAUUCUUGGAACUGUGGUGGCAGGAGGAAUGUCUUACAUGACAGUCUCAGGGAUGCUGAAGAGAGCUCUGGAUGACAUAGCAGAAGAUGCCAGAAAUGUGCUAAUUGCUUCAGUGGGAACUGCUGUGUAAAACGUGACAGAACGUGCCAGGAUAGAAAUAUACAUGUAGCUGCUGCUUUUAUUC